UCUGGAGCGGACAUUUUGUUUGCUUUUGGAUUAACCCAUCGGGUCAGCCUCCAGCUCGCAGAGAGGUUCGGGUGGCGGUGGCCGCAGUGAUGGACCCGGCGCAGGUUCCGACGAAUUCAGAAGUAGUUAUGGACCCGGUACAGCUCAUGAGUCUGAGGACCCUGGAGAAAUCCUCAGCCCAGCGUUUUAGGUCCCCGCCCAGGGCUAUAUGGAGGAUUCCCAUUUGGAGUAACUGUUAGAACGAUGUUGGCACAGGAAACCAACAUGGAGGAGAGCCUGAGAUGUAAGGUUUCAAGAAACUACAGGUCUCCACCAUGUGCGGUGGAAAUCAGGAGCAGGUGGGCGGGAGUCUGGGCUGAAAUGGCCCACUGACAGGCUGGGCCUCUGCUCUGAGGGUUGCACAGCGUUGGGGUAGGAACGGAGGAGGGAGGCGAUCUGAUCCAGGUUUUACGAGGCUCCCUCUGGAUGCCAAGUGGAGAACAGCCUGUGUGGUGAGGGGACAGGGGGCUAUGGUAGCGACGAGGGGACCAGCAGGAAGCUGUUCAGCACUCAGGUGAGCGGUGGUAACGGAUGGGCCACCGGGGAGCUGUGCGGAUGGGGGAAGUGUUGGGUCAGAUUUCGUGAAGUGAGAGAGAAAGAGAAUCCCAAGGCUUUAGGUCUUAUCACCCAGAGGGUCGACGCUCCAUCCCGAGAUGGGCAAGUCGGUGAUACAUGUAACUCAGAUUGGAUUUCGGGAUUUUAUUUGUGGCCACGAGAAGAGUCUGAGAUGUUCCAGAGAACGUUGAGUGGAGGUGUCAGGUGAGCUGCCGGAGACAGGCCUGGAUUUCUGUGGAGGGCUUUAGGAUGGAGACAUGUAGGAAGAGACGAUGGUGUGUAGGUGGGCUUAGGAGGAGGAAUACACACAUCACCACAGCAGUGUGGUUAGUGAGCCAGGACGGUGCUGGUGGAGGCCAGGGGCUGGGUGGGGGGCCAGAGUUGGGAGGGACCGUGUGAUCCAAAAGAAUAACGUGCAUGUGGAAAGGAGUGUGGACUGAUGGCUCCUGAGCCCUGGUACUGGGGACUUAGAGGACAAAUGUGAGCCCAACUUUGGUUGUCUGGUAGCACGAUGGUGGCAACCGUAAGAGCAGUAGGUGGCGGGAGGUGGGGGAGGGGAGGGCAGCCCCCCAGACCAGGCCCAGAGCUUCGAUGGCGCCUCUCUGACCACCUGCGUCUUGUUGCUGUGGGCGGACACAGUAAUCAGAGGGACUUUGGGAGAGAGCAGACGCCUUUGGCCUCCAGUCCCUGUUACUGCCUUGGAGUCAAGGAAUUCGGUAGGAAGGGAUGCAAGAGGGAGAUCUGUGGGGGCCCAGAAGCGUGUCCUUGCGAGGGCGGCUGCUCAUGGACUUGGCUCUCCCCACUGUGGCAGGGACAGGUGACCUUUGAGGACGUGGCCGUGUACUUCUCCCGGGAGGAGUGGGGGCUCCUUGAUGAGGCUCAGCGGCUCCUGUACCGCGAUGUGAUGCUGGAGACCUUGGCACUUACUGCCUCGCUGGGAUAUGAAUCUCCCACGUCCCGCAAGGUUGCCUCACUGGACCUGGGCAGCAAGCCCUGGGUAUCUGACUGGGCAGACCUCACUCCCGCCGGGACCAGAGAGGCUCAGGGUCGUUGGCACGGAACAGAGGGCCAGGAGACAGCUUUUGAGCAGAACAUUUCCGUGGGAGUGUCACAGGUCAGGACUCCCAAGGCAGAACCUUCUACUCGGAAGGCCCGCCCCUGUGAGACGUGUGGCCCGCUCUUGAAAGACAUUUUGCACCCGGCUAAGCACCAGGGAGCACACCCUGGGCAGAAGCCAUACAUGUGUGGGGCGUGUGGGAAACAGUUCUGCUUCAGGGCAGACCCUCAGCACCAGAAGCAGCACAGUGGAGGGGAACCCUUCAGAGGGGACGAGGGCGGCACCUUACUUGUGAACAGCUGCCCUGCGGAAGCAUUGGAGAUGCCUUUUAUGACAGGGAAGGGUUAUAAGGACUUCCCAACUAGCUCAAGCCUUUUUCAGCACCAUGCCCCUCAUAGUAAUUGGAAGCCAAACAGCAACACCAAAUGUGUGGAUGCCUUUCACAGCGGACAGAGGCAUUACGAGUGCAGCGAAUGCGGGAAGGUCUUCAGCCGCAAAGACUCACUUGUCCAACACCAGAGAGUCCACACCGGAGAAAGGCCUUAUGAGUGCAGCGAAUGUGGGAAAACCUUCAGCCGCAAACCCAUACUUGCUCAGCACCAGAGAAUCCACACUGGAGAAAUGCCAUAUGAGUGCGGCAUAUGUGGGAAAGUUUUCAAUCAUAGCUCCAACCUUAUUGUUCACCAGAGGGUCCACACUGGAGCAAGGCCUUACAAGUGCAGUGAAUGUGGGAAAGCCUACAGCCACAAGUCCACACUUGUUCAGCAUGAGAGCAUUCACACUGGAGAAAUGCCUUACGAGUGCAGCGAGUGUGGGAAAUACUUUGGUCACAAAUACAGACUCAUUAAACACUGGAGCGUCCAUACUGGGGCAAGGCCCUAUGAGUGCAUUGCAUGCGGGAAGUUCUUUAGCCAGAGCUCUGACCUUAUUGCACACCAGAGAGUUCACAAUGGUGAAAAGCCCUAUGUGUGCAGCGACUGUGGAAAAGCUUUUAGCCACAAACAUGUACUUGUUCAGCACCAUAGAAUUCACACUGGAGAAAGGCCAUAUAAAUGCAGUGAGUGCGGGAAGGCCUUCAGGCAAAGAGCUUCCCUCAUCCGACAUUGGAAAGUUCACACUGGAGACAGGCCUUAGGAUCGCAGGGAGUAUACCAUUUCCUUGUGCAACAUAGCAACUGACGCUAAAGAGCAGCUCUGAGAUUAGUCUUCCGUGAGUAGCUGUCUGCUGGAAGUUGAACCUCAUAUGUUUAAACAUCCACCCUGGGGAAGCUGUUCUGAGUAGGAAGCUUUCUGGAGCAAUGUUGUACUGUAUAGCCUGCCCAGGACCCUUGCCAGAAUUCCGUCCCCACCACUGUCUCUGAAGAAAAACCACCCAUGUAUGGAACGACAGAGCCCCACAUUGUGCACGAGUCGCCCCAAAAUGCUCUAAUAGGCAGAUCUCUGCUGCUCCUCCCUUUCCUAGAGGGAAUCAUCAGUAGCUAGAGCCCAGUAAAAAUCCUCACUCCUUCCUGCCUUAGCCUCCACCGGCUGGUUUAAGCAAGGACAUGACCCAGUUUUGGUCAGAAGCUCGCCAGCUUUGCUGUGCUGGCUGCUUGCAGAGAGGGUUUCCGUUUCUCACGGACUUUUGUUAGUCCCAUUUUGCACUUGCGAGGGAUUUGUCCGGCCUCCAAGUCACCUACUUUGGGAAUUGCCUGUCUCACACCGUUCUGUUUUUGCAAUCACUACCUUCGUUUUUCAACUACCUUCAUUCAAUCUUGGGGAUUCUCUUCACUUUGUGGUUGGUAUUGAGAACAGAAUUGAGCUCUGCCAGCAUGAAGGGAGGAACAGCUUUUGUGAGAACUCCAAAUAUUGGGUCCCAGUGGUGGUAGCAGAAUGCCAAAGAACAGCUCUCAUGUUAGUUUGAGCCUAACUUGCGUCACUGCUCAUCCUGUGAAAGAAUACUCAUCUUGGUGGGCCUGAUCCUUUGGCCUGUAUGCCAGGAUUAUUUGUGUGAUCAAGGUCACUCUGGGUAGUAGGCGGUCGUGUCCGUCUCUGGUGCUUCUGGCAGCAGUCUGAAUUGGUUCCCUUGUUCCAGAGGGAUGUUUCAUGUUCCCGUAUUUUCUUGAGGGGAACUUGGCAUCUUGGGAACUGCCAAUCCCCCUGAAAUCUAUUAUUAGUAGGAAGAUGUCCCUGUCCCUUAAAAAGACUAGGUAGGAAUCCUGAUUGGUACCAGGACACUGAUUAAUAGGGAAUUGGAAGCAAUCUGUAGGGACUGUGACUCUUCGAAAGGUAUAUCCACAUGUUUCCAUCAGUAUGGCUUUGAUAUGAGGGUUUAUGGAAAUUCUUGGGAUUACCAUAUUUGUGUCUCGUAUGGCUACAGUCACUGUCAGAGCAAUCAACCUACGUUUUCUGCAAUACACUGUACAUAUUUGUAGUAUACAGUUCGAUUACUUUUGAUAACACGUUUGCACCUGUGAUGCAAAGUUUUCUGGUUUGCCUUCCAGUCCCUCUCCUUACCCAUUCCCAGGCACCCCCCCAUCUUGCUGUGGGACUGCAGAUUUCAUUUCCUAGAAUUUUAUGUAUAUGGAAAAAUAAAUGUCUAUAGAUAACACUUUAAUAUCUGCUCUUGCAUAUAUGGCUUUAUUUAACUCUGCAUAAUUAUUUUGUCAUUCAUUAGUCUUUUUCUAGAAGUGAUGUGCUAUCAUUCCUGACUUAUUCCAUAGGUAAUACAGACUAAUCCUGGUAUAAAGUAGACAGAAUACAAGGAGGUAGGGAUUUCUGAGAGAGUCUAUUGCAUGUUGGUUACUACAAUCAUAGUUU